AUAGUGGCAGCUCCAUCUCAGCUUUUGGCCGGUUCAAAACAGCAGAUGCUGAGCCGUGGCCUGGCUGCUCGCGCUCCUCGUUCUAACCAUCUCCUAGGACUGAGGAAUCAGAGUUCUGAUUGUGGAGUGCCUCUCUCUAGGACUGGGCUGCAGCCUAGGAGUCCCAGCUGCUUACAUCCAGGUCCAGGAUUAUGUCUGCUAACAGACGCUGGUGGGUACCACCUGACGACGAAGACAGUGUGUCUGAGAAGCUCCUGAGGAAGACUCGGGAAUCUCCGCUGAUGCCUAUAGGCUUAGGAGGCUGCUUGGUGGUAGCAGCAUACAGGAUUUACCGGCUGAGGUCUCGUGGUUCCACCAAGAUGUCAAUACACCUGAUUCACACCCGAGUGGCAGCGCAGGCCUGUGCAGUGGGUGCAAUCAUGCUAGGUGCUGUGUACACAAUGUACAGUGAUUACAUGAAGAGGAUGGCACAGGAUGCUGGAGAGAAGUAGGACUCCUAUAGGAGCCGGGGCCGUCUGACUCCCCUAAAUUAAUCCCUAGUACAUUCCUAAUAAAGUAGCUUUGAGGAAAAUCAA